AUGACAACAGCAGGAACCCCUUGGAUGUGGAUGCUCCCAGCUCUGAUCACAGCCUUGCUUCUGGGCAUCACAGAGCCUGUGCUUGCAAAUGAUGUUUCCUGCAACAACCCCUCUGCCACCGGAACCUCUGGGAGCAACCGGGACCUCGAAGGUGGGGCCCGGGAGGACAGCCGGUCCGACGACAGCAGCCGGUCCGACAACAGCAGCAGCCGCAUCCUAAACGGGUCUGACUGCAAGAAGCACACCCAGCCGUGGCAGGGCGCGCUGCUGCUGGGGCCCAACCAGCUCUACUGCGGGUCUGUGUUGAUUCAUCCUCAGUGGCUGCUCACGGCCGCCCACUGCAGGAAGAAGGGUUUCAGAGUCCGUCUUGGCCACCCGUCUCUGUCACCCAUGUUUGAAUCUGGGCAGCAGACAUUCCAAGGGGUCAAAUCCAUCCCGCACCCUGGCUACUCCCACCCCAGCCACUCCAACGACCUCAUGCUCAUCAAACUCAACAGAAAAAUCCGCGUCACACAGGAUGUCAGACCUGUCAACAUCUCCUCCCGUUGUCCCUCUGCUGGGACCAAGUGCUUGGUGUCUGGCUGGGGGACCACCAGCAGCCCCAAAGUGCACUUCCCUAAGGCUCUCCAGUGUCUGAAUAUCACCGUGCUAAGUCAGGACAGGUGCAGGGAUGCCUACCCAGGACAGAUAGAUAACACCAUGUUCUGUGCCGGCGACCAGGUGGGCAGAGACUCCUGCCAGGGCGAUUCUGGGGGCCCCGUGAUCUGCAAUGGCGCCUUGCAGGGACUGGUGUCCUGGGGAGAUUACCCCUGUGGCCAGCCCAACAAACCCGGCGUCUACACCAACCUCUGUCAGUUCACCAAAUGGAUCCAUGACACCAUCCAGGCCAAUUCAUGAGUCAUC